AUGACAGCUGUAAUUUUGGCGGUAUCAUUAGUAAAGCGCACGGGCCUAUAUAUGGACGUGCCAAAGCUGGUACAGGCCAUAGUGCCAAAACAGGCGCGCAAAAGCAUCAGAUAUCUCAACAUCAACGUAAUGGAUAAUGAAUACUCGUCACGCCAGAGCUUCGACUCUCCUUCGUCGUCCUCCUCGUCUUCACCUCUUAUCUUACCUACAAGAACCUCCCCUAUCAGAACAUCUGCCAGAAAUGAUUCUUCCUUCAAACCUGUUCUGAAAUACUUUGUCCAUUGCUUCAAAAUUCUCGUCCUGACAUUUGUCUUUGACUGGACGCAAAUCCUUCGCCAUCCUGUGGCAUCGUUUGCAACUCUGACUAUGUAUCCGACUGUCUGUUUGGUAAUGGCCAUGUUUGCCGUAGCUUUUUAUAUUGCUGAAAAAUACAGACUUGGACAGACAAAUAACAAACUAUCUAUGUGCAACUGGUAUUAUCCAGAGAUGUUUGAGAAAGAUAAGAAGGCUCUUAUAGAUGCUGCUGGCGAUUUUCUCGAAGACCCAAUCUCUCUCAGAUGUGAUGACGUAUUAAAGAUAACAACUUACAGCGACUACAAGGACGAGCGCUUUUCUCGCCCAUCUUUCAACAUACACGUUGCGAAAUGUUUGCUAGUUUUAUCUGCUCUCAUAUAUGAACGCAAGGACCCCAAAGAGUUGGGCCAGACCGGUUACCCUACCCACGUCACCGAGUCGGCUCCUUACAACGAAUUCAUCAAGAAAACCGCCAAGAGUUGGAAGUUAAAAUUCAGAACAUUAUCCGAACUAGGAGCAGGUGCCAGUCCGUUUUGCGGCGCGUUCUUUCAUCGGGAGAAAAACUUUAUCGUUAUCGCGUUUAAAGGAACAUCACCGAGUGACUUUUCCGAAUGGUUGAUCGAUGCCACUUUUAUGCGCACUGAUGCCAGGACACAUUUGUUCGGUGAAGUACAUGAAGGUUUUUACAAAACUUUGUUUGGAGAUUCAUUCAAGGGACGCUCCAAGUCGAUCGAGAAUUAUUCGUAUAGGACCAUAUUGGCCAACCUGCACGAGAUUAUGAAAGAGAUUCGCGCUAACCGGACGUAUGCUCAUGGUAGCACUAAAAGCGCUUCAAAUUCGGUGUCGGAAGAGAAGAUAAACGUUUGGGUUACGGGCCAUUCGCUAGGAAGUGCACUUGCAACUUUGUUCUAUUCGAGAUUAAUGAGCAGCCCUGCAGAUUUACCGGAUGGGUGUAUCUUAAGGGAUGCCUACGUCUACGGAACACCGUGCAUUGGUAACAGUCAGUAUGCUGUUAACUUUGCCUCUAAAUGUAAUUCGCCAUCCUCUCGCUUCAAUACUCUCUGGCGCGUAGUCUGCGACAAAGACAUUGUCUGUCGGGUGCCUAUUGGAUUUGACGAUCCCGAUCUACUUCGAUUCGCUGGCGAAAAUUAUCUUUUUGACUACACGCACGUUGGGGAAGCUAUAAAAUUCUUCCAGGAUGGACGUAAACCAGAGACAAAAUUCGAGUAUUGGCUUCAGCCGAACGACAAUAAUCGACCGGUAGAGAGUUUGGACGAAAAGAACAAACUUCCAGGAUCCCGUUGGAAAAAGAUACAUGAUAUGACGCCGGCUUUUCUUAAAGAUCAUUUUCCAUACAGAUACUUGAACGCUAUGGAAAACGCAAGUGUGUACUUUCCAGAUGUUGGUAGUACAAAGAAUUUUUAUGAUACAGCUCAACUGGCUAAACA